ACCAAAAGAAAAUCCCCAAUCAAGAAAAUCGACCCAUAACAUGCCUCCCUCCCGCAGAUUGACGCAACUGAUUUUUAUUUCCCACCAAUUGACAAUUGAGACUUGACACCCCUGUUUGGCUACCGAGAAAAUGAAAUAAACUAAAUCCAAGAGAAGACAAGAAGUUAGAAUUUCGAAUCUUGAAGCUUACAUUGUUUUCUUGUUUCAAAUUCCAAAAAAAAAUCGAUGACGGAAGUAUCAAUGUGCAGUAGCACUGCCUGUGGGGAGCUCACGCCGGAGGAAGAGAGGGUUUUGAUUAGAGACAUUGCUAUUUCCGCUGAGGCUAAUAGCAAAGAAGGUGACACCUUCUAUUUAAUCACUCAGAGGUGGUGGCAGCAUUGGAUUGAAUAUGUGAACCAAGACCAGCAAAAUAUUACAAAUGAUGGGUCCUCUUUGUUAGAACAUUGUGAUUUGGUUGGUUCUUCAAAGAGGCCUGCUAGUAUUGAUAAUUCUGAUUUAAUAUACGAUGCAACUUCAGAGGACUCCCAUGUCGGCAUUGAGAUUCAUGAUAGUUUAUUAGAAGGCCGUGAUUAUGUACUGCUUCCGCAAGAAGUUUGGAACCAGUUGUAUUCAUGGUAUGGAGGUGGUCCAACAUUGGCACGAAAAGUAAUCAGUUCAGGUCUUUCUCAGACAGAAUUAGCUGUGGAGGUGUAUCCUCUCCGUCUUCAACUGCUGGUUACACCUAAGGGUGAUCACUCUGCAAUAAGAAUAAGCAAGAAGGAGACAAUUGGGGAGCUUCAUAGAAGAGCUUGUGAGAUUUUUUAUCUCAAUUCAGAACAAGUUUGCAUUUGGGAUUACUAUGGCCACCGAAAGCAUGCUUUGAUGCAUGACAUGGAUAAAACACUUGAUGAUGCCAACAUACAGAUGGAUCAGGAUAUUCUGGUGGAGGUUCUUAACAAUGUCAAUGGUACUGCAUUGAGUGGUUAUAAUCGUCCUAUUCAGGAUGAUGGAUCUUCUCUGAAGGAAGCUAGUUCUAUUCUUUUAGAGCCUUCUAAGUCAAGCUUAUCAAUUGCAGGAGGUUUAUCUGCAAGCAAGGGUGCUUCAAGAAGUUGCAGUGCAGAGCUGUCACAAGGUCAAAACCCGACAUCUCCAGCUGGGGAGUUGGAUAACGCAUAUGGGGUUAGUGGUGUCAGUACAAGGGGGUCUUCUAGCGGCCUGAUUGGGUUGCAUAACCUUGGAAACACAUGCUUUAUGAAUAGUGCAAUACAAUGUCUUGUUCAUACUCCUGAGUUUGCGAAGUACUUCCGCGAGGAGUAUCGUCAAGAGAUAAAUUGGCAAAACCCCUUGGGUUUGGUGGGUGAACUAGCACUAGCAUUUGGUGAGUUACUCCGAAAGCUUUGGGCACCUGGUCGGACAGCAAUUCCUCCUCGCCAAUUUAAAGCAAAGCUGGCUCGUUUUGCACCUCAAUUUAGUGGGUACAAUCAGCAUGAUUCUCAGGAGCUUUUAGCAUUUCUCCUAGAUGGUCUUCAUGAAGAUUUGAAUCGCGUCAAACACAGACCUUACAUAAAGUCUAGAGAUGCUGAUGGUCGUCCAGAUGAAGAAGUUGCUGAUGAGUACUGGGCAAAUCACAUUGCUCGUAAUGAUUCUAUAAUUGUUGAUGUGUGCCAAGGGCAAUACAAGUCAACGUUGGUUUGCCCAGUGUGCAAUAAAGUCUCUGUCACAUUUGAUCCCUUCAUGUACCUUUCUUUGCCACUCCAAUCCACCACUACCCGAUCUAUUACAGUGACAGUUUUUUCUUGUGAUGGAAGCACCAUGCCAUUUGCUUGCACAGUGACUGUCCCGAAGCAUGGACGAUGUAGAGACUUGAUCCAUGCACUUAGCAAUUCUUGUUCCUUAAAGAACAAUGAAGAGCUUAAACUUGUUGAGGUACGAAACCAUUUAUUUCAAAGGUUUCUAGAAGACCCUUUAAUAUCUUUAUCCACGAUCAAAGAUGAUGACCACCUUGCUGCCUACAAGAUUCCAAAGUUGGUAAAGAAAACACUUGUGCUUAGGUUGAUACAUCGCCGUCAAGAACGGGAAACAAAUGAUUCCCAAACUGUGUCACAGUGGAAACCUUAUGGUACACCUCUUUUAUCAUCAAUCUCAUGUGAUGAUGUAAUUACAAGAGGUGAUAUACAGACUGAAGUUUACAAAAUGCUCUCCCCUUUUCUAAGAGCUGAGAGUUUGAGACAUGAUGACAUUGCUGAUUCCAACACCUUGGUGGCGGCAUCAGAUGCAUGCCAUGACAGCAGCUCUGGUGAAGCAUGUGCAGAUCCUUUAUCAGAUUCUAUGAUGAAUAGUACUUCCAAGGCAUUGACAUUGUUGAAACUACCACUUCAGCUAGUUGAUGAAAAUAAUGCAUGCAUUGAUCUUUCAGUGGGAGAAGAGAAGGCCAUCAGAUUGUCCUCAUCAGCAACAUCAAUAGUAGUAUAUGUAGAUUGGUCUCAGGAGCUCUUAGAGAAGUUUGAUACCCAUUACAUGGAAAACUUACCUGAAGUGCUCAAAUAUGGACCUGUGAAUAAGAAAGCUCGUACUGAACCUCUCUCCUUGUACACCUGUCUAGAAGCUUUUCUGCGUGAAGAGCCCUUGGUGCCUGAAGACAUGUGGUUAUGUCCACAAUGCAAAGAACGACGGCAAGCAAGUAAAAAGCUCGACUUAUGGAGGCUUCCUGAAGUGUUGGUCAUCCACUUGAAAAGGUUCUCCUAUAGCAGGUCAAUGAAGCAUAAACUGGAAACUUUUGUCAAUUUUCCCAUUCAUGACUUGGACUUGACAAGUUAUGUAGCCAACAAGAACAGCACCCAACGUCAGCUCUAUGAACUUUAUGCCUUAACCAACCAUUAUGGUGGCAUGGGAAGUGGGCACUAUACGGCUCAUAUCAAGCUUCUGGAUGAGAAAAGGUGGUACAAUUUUGAUGACAGCCACAUAUCACCCAUAAGUGAAGAUGAAGUCAAGACAGCUGCUGCAUAUGUUCUAUUUUAUCGCAAAGUGAAGGGUAAUGGUGCCAAUAGAAAUGGAGGAAAGCCUUCCGAGGGUCACCACUCAUCCCAAAAGUAACUCCAAGAACAUGUGUACUUCUUGCCAUACUGUUGCAAGAGCCAGGUUCAUAUGCCUUACGCUGUGAAAACACAUGCAACUGCCGCUGAGGCCAUUGCAUUGCAGGAAGUUGUGAAGCUUAGCUAUCUUAAGCAUCAGGAGAAAAGGUCUGUACUAAUUCUGAAGGUAAUUGUUUAGGCGGCAUUGUAUUUGUAUCCAGGGUAUCAACAGUUGUUAAUAUAAUAUAUUUGUAUGUGAUGAAACUCUCUAGACUCGGAUUUUGUAGACUAAUUUAACAUGGAAGGGGGAAAAAGAGCCUAGUACAAGAAUUAUCAUUUUUUUAUUA